AUGGCGAAGUACAACUACAUGAUCACGCUCCCCGCCCUCAGAGAGGCGCCGUCGAAAUCGCCCGAAAUCGCCCGCGACAUCGUCGCCGAAUGGACAUCACGGUUCGAACAAACGCUCUCGGGACAAAAGGACAAGCUCGACCUGACGCCCGUCUUCCGUCAAGACGCCUGGGUCCGCGACUUCCUCGGCCUCUCGUGGGACUUCCGGACGAUCAACGGCCUCGACGAGAUCUCCGCCUUCUUCGCCGAGAACCAGCCGCGCGCGCGCCUCGGACGGCUCCGGCCCCGCGAGCAGGGCGCCUUCCGGCCGGAGUUCAGGGACCCGGCGCCCGGCGUCCACUGGGUGGAUAGCUUGUUCGACUUCGAGACCGACGUAGGCCGCGGUAAAGGCGUUGUGAGGCUGACGCUGGAGGAGGGCGAUGACGGCGACGACGACACGUGGAAGGCCUUCAUGAUCAACUUUACCCUCGUCGAGAUGAAGGGUUUCGAGGAGAAGGUCGGGAUCAACCGGCCAACGGGCCACGUGGACGAUCUCAGGAAGGGGAACUGGAGAGAACAGCGGGAGAGGCAGAUGGAGUUUCUCGACGAGGAGCCCGCCGUCCUCAUCAUCGGAGCUGGUCACGCCGGCAUCAAUCUCGGCGUUCGCCUCCGGCAUCUCGGCAUCCCAACGUUGAUGGUCGACCGCAACGAGCACGUAGGAGACAGCUGGCGGAAGCGAUACAGAGUAAAAGAGGCAGAAGCUAAGCAUCGUUUGCAGACCCUCAUGACCCACGACCCGAUCCAGUACUGCCACCUCCCCUUCAUCCCCUUCCCGGCGGACUGGCCCCUGUUCACGCCCAAGGACAAGCUCGCCGACUGGCUCGAGUCCUACGCCAAGAUGAUGGAGCUCAACAUCUGGACGAGCACCGAGGUCCAAGACACCAGUUACGAUGAGCACUCCAAGUCCUGGACCGUCAAGCUCCUCCGCCACGCACACGACGACGGCGGCAGCACCCGCGUCAUCCGUCCGCGUCACGUCGUCCUCGCCACGGGUCAGGCCGGCGACCCCAUCGCGCCCUCGUUCCCCGGCCAGGAUGGCUUCCGAGGCGCCGUCUACCACGGCAGCCAACACUCGGACGCCUCCUCCAUCGCGGACCUCGCCAGCAAGAGAGUCCUCGUCGUGGGGUCCGGCAACUCGAGCCACGACAUCUGCCAGAACUUCCACGACAGCGGCGCGGCCAGCGUCACCAUGAUCCAGCGCGGCGGCACCUACGUCGUCACGGCGAACAAGGGCCUGCUCCUGAUGCACAAGGGCAUGUACGACGAGGACGGCCCGCCGACGGACGACGCCGACAUCGUUGCGCAGAGCAUGCCGACCCCCGUGCAGUUCGCCCUCCACUCGCUCGGCACGAAGUUCAUCGCCGACACCGUGGACCGGGACCUACUGGACGGGCUCGGCAAGGCCGGGUUCAAGCUGGACUUCGGCCCCGGCGGCAGCGGCAUCUUCCGCAAGUACCUCACACGCGGCGGCGGCUAUUACAUCGACAUCGGCUGCAGCCAGCUCAUCGCCGACGGCAAGGUCAAGGUCCACCACAGCCCCGACGGCAUCUCGGGCUUCACGCCCACCGGCCUGACCCUGGCCGACGGCACCACAUUGGAGGCCGAUAUCGUCGUGCUGGCGACGGGCUACGACGGCAUGCGGUCCAGCGCGCGCAAGAUCCUGGGCGACGCCGUGGCCGACCGGGUCAGGGACUGUUGGGACCUCGACGAGCAGGGCGAGAUCAACUCUAUCUGGAGGAGUAGCGGGCAUCCCGGGUUCUGGUACACGGGCGGCAACCUUGCCCUGUGUCGCUCGUACUCUCGACUCCUGGCGCUGCAAAUCAAGGCUGUGGAGGAGGGUCUCUUCAUCCAGACUUGA